CGGACUUGCUCGCUCUCGCUCUCAGGACAAACUGAGGAAACAAGCUUGGUUCCCGGAACCGGCGGGGACUGUGGAGACGCUACCAGAAUCCUCAACAGCUUGGAAAUCCGAUCACCUUGGCUCCCCGAGACUUGGAGGAACUGACAGCUGGCUGACAAAAAAACUCAUCCAGGGAGAGAAAAGGCAUAAGUGAAGUAUGAAAUUUUGAAUAACGUUUUCAGCUCUUUUCAGAUGCUUUGCAUUCAGAAUAGACGUCUGGUGGGAUCCAAGCUGUCAACCAAUCCUAUAUUCCUAAGGUCUCAAAUUGCAGGUAUUCAUUCUGACUUUUGAAGAUGGAUGAAGGUGUAGAAAUUUCAAGUGAUGGAAAUUCCCUCAUCAAAGCAGUCCAUCAGAGCCGGCUUCGCCUCACAAGACUCUUGCUAGAAGGUGGUGCCUACAUUAACGAGAGCAAUGACCGUGGGGAAACACCUUUAAUGAUCGCUUGUAAAACCAAACAUGUUGAUCACCAGAGUGUCAGUAAAGCCAAAAUGGUUAAAUACCUAUUAGAAAACAAUGCUGACCCCAACAUACAGGACAAAUCUGGGAAAACUGCUUUGAUGCACGCUUGCUUAGAAAAAGCUGGUCCUGAAGUUGUUUCCCUGCUCCUAAACAAUGGGGCUGAUCUCAGUCUGCAAGACCAUUCUAGUUAUUCAGCCCUUGUUUAUGCUAUAAAUUCAGAGGAUAGAGAAACCCUGAAAGUUCUACUUAGCGCUUGCAAGGCAAAAGGGAAAGAGGUCAUUAUCAUAACGACAGCAAAAUCCCCCUCUGGUAGGCACACUACCAAACAGUACUUAAAUAUGCCUCCUGUAGAUAUAGAUGGGGGUCAUUCCCCAGCCUCCUGUGCCACUCCUUCAGAAAUAGACAUAAAAACAGCCUCAUUGCCACUUACACAUUCUUCUGAAACUGAAAUGACCUUUUUUGGCCUUAAAGGUCUGGAACUCUCAGGAAGUAGUGAUGAUACACAGGACCCAGGCUCCCCUGUGAGGAAGCCUGCUGUGGCCUCUAAUGGGCCCAAGCUACCCCAACCUCCAACCUGGAUCAAGAGUCCUCCCUUACUAAUGCACCAAAACAGGGUGGCCUCCUUGCAAGAGGAGCUCCAGGAUAUUACUCCAGAGGAAGAAUUAUCCUACAAAACCAAUGGGGUGGCACUUUCCAAGCGCUUCAUCACUAGGCACCAAAGUAUUGAUGUAAAAGACACGGCACAUUUAUUAAGAGCCUUUGAUCAGGCCAGCUCAAGAAAGAUGUCAUACGAUGAAAUAAAUCAUCAGGCAUUUUUUUCAGAAGGAAGCCAGCAAUGCACUGAAAUCCCUGCUGACCCAGAUCCAGACUCUAACCAGACAAUCUUUGCUUCCACCUUAAGAAGUAUAGUUCAAAAAAGAAACUCAGGGGCAAAUCACUACAGCUCUGAUUCCCAGCUCUCUGCUGGUCUUACCCCUACAACUUUAGAAGAUGGCAAAGCACUUAUAGGAAAGAAAAAGGUCUUCUCGCCAUCUCCUUCCUUGCUGUCAGGGCCUAGAGAAUUGCUGGAGAAUAUCUCACCAGGUCCCUUGAGCAGGAGAAAUCAUGCACUUUUAGAAAGGCGUGGGUCAGGACCUUUCUCUUUAGAUCACAAUAUUACUCAAGCCAGACCAGGAUUUCUGCCACCCUUAAAUGUGAAUCCUCACCCUCCCAUUUCAGAUAUCAACACCAAUAAUAAGAUUUCCAGCCUCCUUUCUUGCGGUCAAAAAGUGCUUAUGCCAACAGUUCCUAUGUUCCCUAAAGAAUUCAAAAGCAAAAAAAUGUUGUUAAGGAGACAAUCAUUGCAAACAGAACAAAUUAAGCAAUUAGUAAAUUUUUAAGAGAUGCCUAGAAAGCACAUUUUGUUCAGUUGUCUACAUCAGAGAAGUAUAGAACCAGAGAAGAAAUCUCAAAUGUUCAUCCUUUUAAAUCUUGUAAUUGGUUAGUCCGUCAUUGUUAGGGGCAUCAAAAUAUACUGCAUAUCGUCCUAGGCACUGUGGACAUACAAAUAAUACAUAGUUUCUACUAAGGAAAUUUAAACAAAAUUAAAGCUAUAUUUCUCAAAAUUUCUAAUAUAUAACAACCUUCAUGUGGCCCAAGUUUUUAAUUUAAACAAAAAUCAGUAAAAAAAAAGAAGGUCAAAUAUGUUGGAGAUGACUUUGAAAAUUUUUUCAGAUUUUUCAAGUAUUUUAUUAGGACACACUGCAUUCAAGUCAAUAAACGUUUUUAACAUUACAAGUCAAUAAAUGAUUGUAAUUUUCC